AUGGCUGAGGCCGAACGCAUCAGGGUUCUGUUCGACAAGGCAAGCGAGUCUGAGAAAGAGGCUAUAGUGAAGUACCUUUUCUACCGCGAGCUCGAGAGCAUCCGCCGAAAGCCCCUCCUUGACCCUGCAUCCUAUGGCGGUGCCCGAAAAGUCACCAUCUACCGCCGACCCGAUCCUGAAGACGACAAUGGCGGCGACGAGAUCGGCCUCCGGGGCAGUGCUAGGCCCCACGCUCCCUCUCCUACGCCAAGAAGCAGCAGUUCCUUUCCUGCCUCCAACCCUCCAACCAAUACCGUGAGAAACGAUGCAUACAACCACAGGCUCAUGCGAAUAUCGACUACUGUAGAGAGUGUCGACUCUCACGACAACGAAGCCGACGACAAGAUCAGUCUCCGAGGGGGUGCGAAACCCACUGCACAUCCCACACGAAGAAGUAGCAGGAUUUUCCUGCGUUCGUCUCGUGACUCUCGCUCCUUCGACAAUGCAAUCACGGACGAUAAACACGAAUAUGGCCACAUGCGAAUCGCCACCGUUAUGGAGACUAUCGGCCUUGCCGACGGUAGUGACGACGAGGAUGACGAGACCCCGCCAUUCACCAGCGGUCCCCUUACCGGCAUGCGAAUUGACGUCCCAGCAAUAAGGAGAAAUGUUGGCUACAAGAGGCCAUUUGAAGACCAGUUUUCCGGCGAGCUCAGAGCCAGCGAGAUUGACUUUCUAGCCACCGGAUACGAGUUCUCGAGUCAAGAAGACAUGUACCAGAGCCCGGACUGGCUGCCUUAUUUGAGGAGCUACCACCACGAGACAGAGAGCCCUGUUCUCUUCAGCGGGUUCCCCUUGAUAGAGGACGUGGUUUUCGUCAAGCACCCAAACUACUGGUACAGCGGCGCGCUGCACAAAAAGGUCAUCCACAACGGCCAGUGCUACUGGACCACCAUCGCACUCCUGAUUUACGGCAACGCAAGCCUCUGGCUCCGCGUCAAGGCCGAGCACCUCUCGUAUGCCGAGCAGGUGCUCUCCAACCCCAAGCACCCCCGCCACGCCCUUUACAAGCGUGAGAAUACGAUUCUGUCCGGGACUAGAGCGACCGGACCGGCGGGAUCUCACGCGGGCGCCAUGAACUGGUGGGAGCGGCUGCACGUACCGGGGUGCUGGUCGAAUGACGACAUCAUUGCCCUCACUGCUGACCUCUACAGUGUCUUUGUGGUUCUGUACAAGUACAAGUCUGGCCCUGAGAAUCCGCAAUUGGGGAAGAGCGUCUACGACAUGUGCACCUUUGGCGCCUACAACACGCGGCACAUCUUCCUCUGCUACUAUGUAAGCUUUACCGGGCACACGCAGGAUGCCACUGACCAGACGCUGAGUGAUGUACAGUCCGAGAACCACUACCAGCCCAUGGUCCCCAACGACUACUGGGCGUACGAGUUUAAGCUGCCGCGCCUGACGCUGCAGUCGACCAGCAAAUACCGCCUGAUGACAGCCGAACACCAGCGUACAAAGAACAACGGCCCGGCCCACCACUUGCGGGGGCCCAAGGACUCGCUGGCGCCGCUGCUCGCCACGCCCUCGUUCAAGCGAGAGCACCUGUACCGCGCAGUGGGAUACGCCGCGCCCAGCGCCACGUCGACAGAGCCGGUUGCUCGUGUAUCCGGCAUGCCGCCGAGACGCCCCCUGCCCAGCGCCCGGCCGCUCCGUGCUGUUGCCGCAAGCCCGUCCACGCACUUGAGCAACGUCACGCCAGACCCCGAGAACGCUGUCGCCUACGACGGCGACAACGAGCCCGACACGAGCGGCGGCGCCUACUAUCGGGUGGCGUCGCGCACGGCGCUGACGCGCCUGCGGCUGAAGGACCUGCAGCGGUGGUGCAACGACCUGCCUUGCGGUGUCGUCGCCAAGGACGUCGCGCGCUGGCGCAAGGACGGCUGCAUCUCCGAGCUGAUAGACGCGCGCCUCAUGGUGCGCAUCAUCCGCGACGAGCUACAGCGGCCCACCCUAGACGUGGACGCCAAGGCCAUCUUCAUGAAGGUGUCGGCGCCCGACAAGUCGGCGGCUGCCACCCCUGCCACUGCCGCUGCCUCGACGCCUGCGGCUGCUUCUGCUGCUGCUUCGUUGUAUCAGGGCGGUAAGACCCACCAAGAGGUGGGUGAUGAUCAAGAUGAUAACGACGCCGACAGCGUAGCGGCACCACCGAAAGCACCCACGCCGCCGACGCCGCCGGACCACGACUCGGCGCCCAACCUAGCCGAGUCCGAGCCCGAGUCCGAGGCCGCACCUCCCACACUGCAGGCCAAGCCCCACCGCUCCCCGCCGCCGAUCCGGCCGUGGAAGACCGCAGCCAGCCGAUCCAUUGAGACGGCGCCCGGCCGAGUCCUCAAUACGACGGACUCGUACUCGACGUCGUCUGCUGCCUCCAGCGGAGACUUAGCCCAGGCCCCAAUCGUCAUCGAUGAUGCCGGCUCCGACUCGGACGAAGCCCCACUCCCCAAAACGACCGCGAGCGCAGCCACUGAGCCCCGUCACACGCCUUCGUCCCCGUCGGCAUUUGCCAUCGCCGCGGCAGCGACCUCCGCAGCCGCCGCAGCCGUAGCAGCAAACACUCCCCAAAAGGACACCGCGCCGCGCCACAACCCCUUCGUGAAAAGCCAAAACCCAUUCAUCAACAACCUGUUCGGCCACCAUCUGAUCCCACAGCUACCUCUCCCAGCACCUCGGGCUCAAUCAAGCUGGGAACCACCGGCCCCGAAACCGACCGUCUCGAACGAGGACGACGAAGAAGUGUACAGCAGCGCCGACGAGUCACCGCUAGCCAUGACCGCGGUCGCGAUCCCCUGGCUGGGCAACCACCGCUACAACUACGGCCGCAAGCGAAUGCCGACGAAUGCCAGGGGUCGUAGUAUUGGACGAGCAGUGGUGCCGGCCAAGCGGCGCAGGUCGAUUGAUGUUGCGGAUGUGCAGGGGAAUAAGGGAAGACGGGCAAGGGCGGAGAGUGAUAAUGAUGAUAAGUAG